GCACUUCCGGGCGGCGCCGGCGGGGGCGCUCGGGUGGGCUAGGGCUCCGGGCUCAGGGCUCGGGGAAGCGAUCGCGGCCGCCGAUACCGCCGCUGCAGAAGGCCGCUCGAGUCGGGCCGGAGCCGCGUCCCCGGGGAGCGGGCCGGGGAGAGCGGACGGCCGAGCCUCGGCGGCGCUCCGCGGCCUGCACCGCUCCGCCUCCGGGCCUCCGGCCGCCGAGUCGCCGCGGCCGCGAUGGGGCCGCCCCGGGCCGCGCCCCCGCCGGGGCCCGCCCGUCCCUCCGCCGCUGAGCGCGUGGGCCGCGCCGCGUCGGGAGCCGGGCCCGGGGCCGCGCCGCCACAGCUGCCGCGCGCCGGACAGAUUGAUUCCCUUUGGAGCUGUAAGUACUGAUGUAUUAGGGUCAGCGCUCAUUGUUCAUUGACGCACAGAGUCCCAAAAUGAAUAUCCAGGAGCAGGGUUUCCCCUUGGACCUCGGAACAAGUUUCACCGAAGAUGCCCCCCGGCCCCCAGUGCCUGGUGAGGAGGGAGACCUGGUGUCCACAGACCCAAGGCCUGUCAGCCACAGUUUCUGCUCUGGGAAAGGUGUCGGCAUUAAAGGUGAGACUUCAACAGCCACUCCAAGGCGCUCAGAUCUCGAUCUGGGGUAUGAGCCUGAAGGCAGCGCCUCCCCCACCCCACCGUACUUGAGGUGGGCCGAGUCACUGCACUCCUUAUUGGAUGACCAAGAUGGGAUCAGCCUGUUCAGGACUUUCCUGAAGCAAGAGGGCUGUGCUGACCUGCUGGACUUCUGGUUUGCCUGCAGUGGCUUUAGGAAGCUUGAGCCCUGCGAUGCAAACGAGGAGAAGAGGCUGAAGCUGGCUAGAGCCAUCUACCGGAAGUACAUCCUGGACAGCAGUGGCAUCGUGUCCCGGCAAGCCAAGCCAGCCACCAAGAGCUUCAUAAAGGACUGCGUCAUGAAGCAGCACAUCGAUCCUGCCAUGUUCGACCAGGCCCAGACAGAAAUCCAGUCCACCAUGGAGGAGAACACCUACCCAUCCUUCCUCAAGUCUGACAUUUAUUUGGAAUACACAAGGACAGGCUCAGAGAGCCCGAAGGUCUGCAGUGACCAGAGCUCAGGGUCAGGGACAGGGAAGGGCAUAUCUGGAUACUUGCCUACUUUGAAUGAAGAUGAGGAAUGGAAAUGUGACCAAGAUGCAGAUGAGGAUGAUGGUAGAGACUCUGCUCCCCCCAGCAGGCUUACCCAGAAGCUCCUCCUGGAGACAGCUGCCCCGAGGGCCUCCUCAAGUAGACGGUACAGCGAAGGCAGAGAGUUCAGGUAUGGAUCCUGGCGGGAACCGGUCAACCCCUACUAUGUCAACUCUGGCUAUGCCCUGGCACCAGCCACCAGUGCCAAUGAUAGUGAGCAGCAGAGCCUGUCCAGUGAUGCUGACACCCUGUCCCUCACAGACAGCAGUGUGGAUGGAAUCCCCCCAUACAGGAUACGUAAGCAGCACCGUAGGGAGGUGCAGGAGAGCAUCCAGGUCAAUGGGCGAGUGCCUCUACCUCACAUUCCUCGCACUUACCGAAUGCCAAAGGAGAUUCGAGUGGAGCCACAGAAGUUUGCAGAGGAGCUCAUCCAUCGCCUAGAGGCUGUCCAGCGCACGCGGGAAGCUGAGGAGAAGCUGGAGGAGCGGCUGAAGCGUGUGCGGAUGGAGGAAGAAGGCGAGGAUGGUGACCUGCCUUCUGGCCCACUGGGGGCGAGUCACAAGAUGCCUUCUGCCCCAGCCUGGCACCACUUCCCACCCCGCUAUGUGGACAUGGGCUGUGCUGGGCUGCGGGAUGCCCAUGAGGAGAACCCUGAGAGCAUCCUGGAUGAGCAUGUGCAGCGAGUCAUGAGGACGCCUGGCUGCCAGUCACCUGGGCCAGGCCACCGCUCUCCUGACAGUGGGCAUGUGGCCAAGAUGGCCGUGCUGGGGGGUAUGGCCUCAGGGCAUGGGAAGCAUGUGCCCAAGUCUGGGGUGAAGCUGGAUUCAGCUGGCCUGCACCACCAUAGGCACGUCCACCACCAUGUUCACCACAGCGCAGCUAGGCCCAAGGACCAGGUGGAGGCCGAGGCCACCCGCAGAGUCCAGGGCAGCUUUGCAUGGGGCCCGGAGUCACACAGCCACACUAAGCCUCGCAGCUACUCAGACAGCACGGGUGCCACCCCCAGUGCUGGGGACCUGGCCUUUGGGGGGAAGGCAGGUAUGCCCUCCAAAAGAAAUACCAAGAAAGCCGACUCUGGGAAGAACACCAGUGCCGAGGUACCAGGCACUGCAGAGGACGCUGAGAAGAACCAGAAGAUCAUGCAGUGGAUCAUUGAGGGGGAGAAGGAGAUCAGUAGGCACCGAAAGACUGGCCAUGGGUCUUCUGGGAUGAGGAAGCAGCAGGCCCAUGAGAGCUCCAGACCCUUGUCUAUUGAGCGUCCUGGAGCUGUGCACCCUUGGGUUAGCGCACAGCUCCGGAACUCUGUUCAGCCCUCUCACCUCUUCAUUCAAGACCCCACGAUGCCCCCCAACCCAGCACCCAACCCCCUGACACAGCUGGAAGAAGCCCGCAGGCGUCUGGAGGAGGAGGAGAAGAGAGCCAGCAAGCUGCCCUCCAAGCAGAGGUAUGUGCAGGCGGUCAUGCAGCGGGGACGCGCCUGUGUCAGGCCAGCGUGCACGCCGGUGCUGAGCGUGGUGCCAGCCGUGUCGGACUUGGAGCUCUCCGAGACAGAGACAAAGUCACAGAAGAAGGCAGGUGGCGGGAGCAUCCAGCAGUGUGACAGCAUUGUUGUGGCCUACUACUUCUGUGGGGAGCCCAUUCCAUACCGGACCCUGGUUAGGGGCCGUGCAGUCACCUUGGGCCAGUUCAAGGAGCUGCUGACCAAGAAGGGGAGCUACAGAUACUACUUCAAGAAAGUGAGUGAUGAGUUUGACUGCGGUGUGGUAUUUGAGGAAGUGCGCGAGGACGAGGCUGUCCUGCCCGUCUUUGAGGAGAAAAUCAUCGGCAAGGUGGAGAAGGUGGACUGAGUGGGAGGUGCCAUGCCCAGGGUCCACCAUUUCAGUGCACAGCCAUCACAGCCAAGUGGACGGCCUUGUACUCAGGAGCCUGGUGUGAAGGGACAACACAGGACUGUGUGUCACAUCUGCACAGACACGGGUCCUGGGGAAGGCCCAGGUGUGCUGCAUGCACCUCAGUCUCUCUGGGUGUGGACAGAGUGGGUCCCUCUGAGUGGUCCCACAGGCUUCUCAUUGAAGAGGGAGCGCCACCCACCCCACAGAAGUACUCAGAGCUUCCCACUCAGCAGAGCAGCCCACCAGGAACCGCCCUCAUGACUUCUAGCGGCCCCUGCUACUGAAUGCAGGGCUGACCCACGGACACCUCACCCUGGGUUCACAUACCAAGUUCUCUUCUCCCUCUGCAACUCACUCUCUAUACCUGGUUGGGCCCGGGCCUGGGUGCAGAGGGCCCUGUGGCGGCCUCUGUAAAUUGUACAUGUCACCGAGUGCCUUCAACACAGCUGUCUCUUGCCUGCCACUGUGUGAAUUUGGCGAGGGAGUGCCGCCAGCCCUCCUCUGCCUUUCUCCAGCAGGUUGGCCCAUCCCUCCUUUGUAAGAGCCCAUGUAAAUAUGUACAUUUCUCAGGCUAGGGCCAGCAGGGGGCUGCCCUGAGUCCAUUUUUCAUGCAAUGACUUGUACAAUUAUCUUUUCAAAGGUACUUGGAUAAUGAAAUAAAAGAGUUUUUG